CUCUAACGAGAAAGGCAGGAAAGUGACUAAUGGUGAAUUAUGGUGGUGAUAUGGCCGACUUAGACUGCUCAACGAAGGAGCAAAACUGCCGUGGUUGUGGACUAGCAAUACGGGACGAGCCAUACGUCCAAGCGCUAGGCUGGGACUGGCAUCCAGCUUGUUUUAGAUGUACCAAGUGCAAUAGAUGUCUUUCCAACUGGUAUUUUGAGAAAGAUGGCCGCCUGUACUGCCGCAAUGACUACUGGAGCAAGUUCGGUGAAGCCUGCAAUGGAUGUGCCCAGAUCAUCACGGGACCGGUCAUGGUUGCAGGUGAUCACCGCUACCACCCGGAGUGUUUCAUCUGCUGCCACUGCCACGAAUUCAUCGGAGAUGGAGAGACCUACGCACUCGUCGAAAGGUCCAAACUUUUCUGCCGAACAUGCUACCAGAAGGUGAUGAAGCCCCUGCUGGCGGCAACUCCCCGCCGCCGCAAGCCCCACUCCAUCCAGUUGGUGGAGAUCCCCCCCACCCCCGACGGCACACGGGGGCUGCAGCUACAGAUGGAGAGGGACAUGCACUACAUCCGACCCACCAGCAUUGACAGCGUCAAGAUGAAGCCGCUCAUAAAGAUAUCAGAACUCGACCUGAGUCCAGAGUUGGAGGCUCUCAACAUCGGCGACCGCAUCCUGGAGGUGAACGGCACCACGGUGAGGGACAAGACGGUGCGGGAGGUUGACUCCCUGCUGAAGAACACAUCGGACGUGAUACAGAUCACUGUGGAGAGGGAUCAGUCCCCCAUCCGCAUCUGUGACACCCUGUCCCCCACCAGCGACAGCAGCACAACACCAUCAUCACCAGAAGAGGUCCUCAUCGACAAGGUCCCAGUGAGACUCCGCUCCAAGACUUCCCUCAGGGCCAGAAACUACAGUCCGACCCGACGACGCAGCAAGUCCCCCUCCCCCGUCCCCGCCUGCAGACAGAAGAGCGUCGACCUGGGGAGGUCUCACUCCCUCCGGGUGCAGUCACAGUCCCACCGUGUCUUCCGGGCCAGCGACCUCAUCAUCGGGGAUGUGCUGGGGCAGGGGUUCUUUGGCCAAGCCAUCAAGGUAACCCACCGAGUCACAGGGGAAGUCAUGGUGCUCAAGGAACUCUUCAAGUUUGAUGAAGAGGGUCAAAAGAGCUUCCUGCAUGAGGUGUCUCUGCUGCGGAAUCUGGACCAUCCGUGUGUGCUCAAGUUUAUGGGAGUCCUUUACCGGGACAAGAAGCUCAACCUAGUCACAGAGUUCGUAGCUGGCGGGACACUGACGGACAUGCUCCGAGACAUGGAGCAAGACAUCACAUGGGAGGACAGGAUCAAGAUAGCCAGGGACAUCUCAUCCGGGAUGGCGUACCUCCACUCCAUGGACAUUAUCCAUCGAGACCUCAACUCCAACAACUGCCUGGUCCGAGAGGACAAGAGAGUGGUGGUAGCAGACUUCGGUCUGGCAAAGAUCAUCCCCAGACAGAGAGACAUGUUUUUCUGGGGGCGAGAGAAGGAGAAGGAGACAAAGGACAGAGACAAAUCUAACCGCUCAUCCAAGAAACGUUUCUCCCGCCGCAAACGUUACACUGUAGUCGGCAGUCCCUAUUGGAUGGCUCCUGAGAUGAUGACGACAGGCGUGUAUGAUGAGAAGGUCGACGUCUUCUCCUACGGCAUCGUUGUCUGUGAGGUCAUCUCCAGAGUAUUUGCAGACCCAGAGUUUCUUCCAAGAACCAUGGAUUUCGGACUGAACGUCGAGAUGUUCGAGAAACGUUUCUGUGAGGAUUGUCCAAGACCGUUCUUUAUGCUUGCCGUCAUGUGCUGCCUGAUGUCACCGGACAACAGGCCAACGUUCGAGAAGAUCAACCAGUUGUGCGAGGCCCUACAUUUGUACAUUAGCCACAGCGUGCCGCUUCCACCUGAGCUCUUCGGAGACCCUGUGGCAUAUUACAAAAAAUACAAGAUUAAUCCAUUCACUCCCACCAGCAAUAACACGGACACUCCCAACAAUCGUAAUUCUAGUCUUGAAACCAUUACAGAACUGAAGCGGGCCAAUGGCCACACGACAUCACCAGAACAAAGCCCACAAUAGCCUGACUCCGGGGAUGAACUGACCGUCAUUGGGGCUGUAUUGCACAAAGCGAUCUCAGCACUUCAAAUGUCAAAUCAAGACUAUCGUCUU